UUUUGACAUUUGCGAAAACAAGGCGAAAACGAAGUUAUUUUGUUUACUUCCUUGGUCAGAGCUUGUGUAUGUGUUUUGUGGUCAGAGCCUUGGUAUAAUUAUUUGAUUACUGGGUAUACCGAUUACUGUAUUAUGGCAGACAAGGAAAAAUCAGAAAAACCUAAACAUUUGCAACCCAAAAAUAUUCCUAAAGAUGGGCAAGUUGUUUUAGCAAUUAUGAAAGAAAUGGGGAUCACAGAGUAUGAACCUAAAACUAUAGUUCAGUUAACAGAAUUUGUUUACCGAUAUGCUACUUCCAUAUUGGAAGAAGCUAGAAUGUAUGCAAAUAACAAUAACAAUUCACAAAAGAAGUGUCUGGAGGUAGGAGAUAUUCGCCUAGCUUUGCAAUUAACAGCACAAUCUUCAUUUACUACUCCACCACCUAGGGAGGUUGUUAUUGAAUGUGCCUCGAUAAAAAACUACUCAAUGUUACCGAUUGUCAAACCCCAUUGUGGUUUAAGAUUACCUCCAGAUCGAUAUUGCCUUACUUCCUGUAAUUAUACUUUAAAAGCUUCACAUAAGAAAAGCCAACUAAAAUCUGGUUUUAAUUCUGGUCCUGGGUUGAAAAUAACAUCUAAGUCAAAUGUAGGCUUUAUAAGGAAACCAGCACCUGGUAUUGUUAGACAAAGUGUAACUAUACCAAAACCAACGAUGAAAAUUAGUGGCAACCCAAUACCACAAACAAAAACUAUUUUGAAACCUAAAAUACAAAUAAGCCAAAAUGUACAUAUAUCGAUUCCUCAAUCGACUACCAGUAUGGGAGAAAACUCACUAAAAAGGAAAAGGGAGGAAGAUACUGAGAUAAUGAAUUAAAAUGUAUACUUACGACUUAUUUUUUUAUAUGGAUAAAAAUAUGUAACAAUAGAGUAUUCUAAUUUGUUCCUUGUAUUCAAUAAAGGAAAGUAUUUACCUGCUUAAACAACAAA